CCACUCUUGGUAAUCAGCAGGACAGGAAGGAGAAGAAGGAAAGGACCAUUUUAAAGCUUUAUAAGACUGCUUUUGUAAGAAAACUCAGGGUGAAAAUGUCGACGGGAAUGGAAGUGACCGGGUUCUUGCUAGGCAUCGCGUCUUGGUUGGUAACAGGCGCAUCUCUGGCCAACGACUACUGGAAAGUUUCGUCUUUCUCCGGUAGCAUCAUCAUCUCAAGCCGGCAGUACGAGAACCUGUGGCACGCAUGUGCCGAAGGCAGCACCGGGAUCGCCGAGUGCCGAGACUUCGAGUCCCUGCUGGCCUUGCCAGGCUUCUUACAGGCAUGUCGUGCUCUGAUGAUCGUCGCCCUCCUCUUAGGACUUACCUCCAUGAUUGUGUCCAUCCUGGGCCUCAAGUGCAUUACAAUUGGGAGCGCCAGCGAUCAGGUGAAGGCUAAGAGGAGCGUCGCUGGGGGCAUCCUCUUCAUCCUGGCAGGUCUUUGUACGAUGACGGCCAUCUCGUGGUACGCGGCGCGCGUCGUGGAAGAGUUUAAAGACCCUUUCAGUGGAGGCAUUAAAUUUGAGUUAGGGGCAGGAGUGUACAUGGGAUGGGGUGGAGCUUGUCUCUCCAUUCUGGGCGGAGGUCUGCUCUGUUGCGCCUGCAAAGACACAUCUUCAGGACGACCCAAGGGCAGAUACUACCCCAGCAAUCAAGCAGCAAAGAUCCACAAACCCGUGUCCGAGUCAGAGACGGCGAGGGCUUACGUUUAGACCUCAGAGCUUUUUCUGCAUGCAGUGUUGUUACUCGGUUGUUCGUUUUAACUCGCCCUUUUUCUACAUAUUUUUUUUUUAAAUAUGACUCAAAUAUGAUUAAUGUGGAAUUAGAUUUUUUAAUGAUAAAGAUAUUACAUCAUUUGAUGAGUAUGAUUAAUCUGUAUUGUGUUUUUUUUUGUUUAGACUAGUUGUGUGCUUGGUGAAGUGUUCCUUGGGUUCAAUAAAGCUGAAUUUUACAGACCAGA